UUGCUUUUGAAUUCUCCAGACGGUGGGUUUGGAUCUUGUUUGAAAGUCAUAAACGAAAUASGAGCUAAACAUGGCGSGCAAGCCUUGCARUGGAGUAACGACAAGAUAGCCCAACAAGAAGCCAAAAGUUGGGCCGAGCAUGAAAACUCGGCGGGAAAAGUAAUGCCUGAUCCAAAUCUUGAAGACGACGUAUCGAGUGGUAUCUCUGCUAUGGUAACAGGAGGAGGRUCACCAGUAGACAAAUGUAAAAGAGCGGUGAAGCAAUGGUAUGACCAACAAGCGAUAUACAAAAGCAGUGGAGGUUGUGGAAGCGAAGACGGCGUAGAAGCUGCAAGAGGUUUUUCUCAGCUCGUGUGGAAGAGUGCAGAAGACAUUUUUAUUGUUGUGGCUGGGAAUGCCGUUAAAGCGAGGUUCUUUCCCCCAGGGAACCUGCCGGGUGACUUUGCUGAAGAUGUUCAGUGUUAAUUGAUAAAAUGUCAACUUUUUUUCAUAUUCCAUUAUACAAUUUCUUWGUAGUUCAAUAAGCUCAAGCUSUUUGAUUGUUGUCAAAGGCUUCUGUAUAUGCCUUUGAAUUCGUUGUUAACUGGAAUGUUAAAGUUUAUARAUUAGUAGCUUGUUAUGAACAAGCAAGCAAGAUGGAAAAAAUAAGCCAAAAAAUAAAAACACAUUUAAUUAAAAAAA